AUGAAUCCAUGGAAACAAGAAAUCACUGUGAAAUUUAAUAGAAGGUUUAAUGAAUUCACUAAUUAUUAUUAUAUUCUUUCAUAUUGGCUUCAUCCUUUAUAUCAUGGCAAGGGCUUAAAAAACAAUGUAUUAGACAAGAUAUAUGAAGCAGCAGCAAGUUUGUGGAAGGCUUUAGGUUAUGAUGAACAUUCAUGUAUACAAUUAUUGACAGAGAUGCGUGCUUGGAAAAGACAGUCUCCACCAUAUCAUUUGUCCUAUAAUAAAGAAAAGGAAAAUCCAACUAUGUGGUGGUUAA